GUGUUUACAGGUGGGAAGAAAGAGGAUACUGCAGUGCACCGUAAAACAGUUCCACGACGACCCGUUGACAUCAUGCAGUCACAGUCGCUGACGUGUCUGAUUAGCGACAGUGAGCUGACGCUGUACGAGAAACUUGGCGAUGGUUCAUUUGGCGUGGUACGCAAAGGUGACUGGAAAACUCCAAAUGGAGAUCGUCAAUUUCCACAUCAGUUAAAGAGUUUAAGGUCACGUAAAGUUGUAUACAUUUCAUGUGGUGAAGAGCACACAGUGGCAUUUACUAAGGAAGGAGGAGUAUUUACAUUUGGCUGCGGUGCACAUGGACAACUUGGCCAUAAUUCAAGUAAUAAUGAAAUAAACCCACGGCAAGUGGUUGAAUUAAUGGGUAGUAUUGUUACCCAGAUUGGCUGUGGAAGGCGACAUACUCUUGCCCAUGUUGGUGCCAGUGGUAAACUCUAUUCAUUCGGGUUGGGUGCCAAUGGCCAACUAGGAAAUGACACUACCGAUAGAAGACAAGCACCAACAGCCAUAUAUGGACCCUGGGUUGGAUAUGAUGCAACUAGCGUCAAUACCAGUUCAUCUGUAAUACAGAGGAUAUUCACCGGAGGUGAUCAGUGUUUUGUGUAUAGUACAAAAUAUCAGGACAAGAAACAGCCACUAGAUUUUAGAGAAACAUUUCCUGGUAAAGGAAUCCUCCGUAUGAAUAUUGACGUUAUACAAGAGUUAUUACACUUACCUAACAAUAUACCUAAUCUUCCAAGAGAUUUACUAGAUGUAUUUAGCUCAGCUGCCUGUUGGAAUGCUUCAUUUCUCAAAAGUUCAGAUGACGAACACUUUGGUAGCAGUUCUUCCAACCAUGGUGUAAAUAUGGAUGCUGUUAGAGAGGCUUUUCAGAUGCUGUCAGAUAAUAUACAUCCUCGUGUUAUGCAGCUUGUAAGUGUAGCAAUGAGUGACCCAGGUAUAGAAAUGAGUGACCCAGGAGCAGCAAUGAGUGACCCAGAUGUGGCAAUGAGUGACCCAGGAGCUUCAAUGAGUGACCCAGGUGUAGAAUUGAAUGACCCAAGUGUAGAAAUGAGUGACCCAGGUGUAGAAAUGAAUGACCCAGUUGUAGAAAUGAGUGACCCAGGUGUAGAAAUGAGUGACCCAGGUGUGGCAAUGAGUGACCCAGGUAUAGAAAUGAGUGACCCACGUUUAGCAAUGAGUGACCCAGGUGUAAAAAUAAGUGACUCCGGUGUGGAAAUGAGUGACCCAAGAGCAGCAAUGAGUGACCCAGAUGUGGCAAUGAGUGACCCAGGAGCUUCAAUGAGUGACCCAGGUGUAGAAAUGAAUGACCCAGGUGUAGAAAUGAGUGACCUAGGUGUAGAAAUGAGUGACCCAGGUGUAGAAAUAAGUGAUUCAGGUGUGGAAAUGAGUGACCCAGGUGUAGAAAUGAGUGACCCAGGUGUAGAAAUAAGUGACUCAGGUGUGGAAAUGAGUGACCCAGGAGCAGCAAUGAGUGACCCAGGUGUAGCAAUGAGUGACCCAGGUGUGGCAAUGAGUGACCCAGGAGCAGCAAUAAGUGAUCCAGGUGUAGAAAUGAGUGACCCAAGUGUAGAAAUGAGUGACCCAGAAGCAGCAAUGAGUGACCCAGAAGCAGCAAUGAGUGACCCAGGAGCAGCAAUGAGUGACCCAGAUGUGGCAAUGAGUGACCCAAGAGCAACAAUGAGUGACCCGGGAGCAGCAAUGAGUGACCCAGGUGUGGCAAUGAGUGACCCAGGAGCAGCAAUGAGUGACCCAGGAGCAGCAAUGAGUGAACCAGGUGUAGAAAUGAGUGACCCAGGUGUAGAAAUGAAUGACCUAGGUAUAGAAAUGAGUGACCCGGGUGUAGAAAUGAGUGACCCACAUUUAGCAAUGAGUGACCCAGGUGUAGAAAUAAGUGACUCAGGUGUGGAAAUGAGUGAGCCAGGUGUAGCAAUGAGUGACCCAGGUGUAGCAAUGAGUGACCCAGGUGUAGCAAUGAGUGACCCAGGUGUAGCAAUGAGUGACUCAGAUGCAGCAAUGAGUGACCCAGGUGCAGCAAUGAAUAACCCAGGUGUAGCAAUGAGUGACCCAGGUGUAGCAAUGAGUGACCCAGGUGUAGCAAUGAGUGACUGGGGUGCUAUAUGCUGCACACUGAAGAACACACUUUUGCAGAGUUUAUCAUCAUCACCACCUGACAUAGAGGCUCUUAGAUUCUAUCUUAUUAUAAUGGAAGCACCUAUAUUCACCAAUAUUGAUUAUUUAGACUCGGUUACCAUGCCUUUUUCAAAAAUGUUUCUAUCUUUGGUGCCUGGUGCUUCAAAAGUUAUUGGCCGUUGGUGGGGUCGCCUUCAACCACGGUUCUUCAACAGAAUAUUGCAUGUAUACAAGUCAAUUGUUACAUAUCUAAUGAAGUUAGAACCGCCAGUGAAUGAUGAAAAAGAGGUCAUGAGAAGAUCCAGAGCUGUUCUGGUGUCUAUGAAAAUGUUAACAAAACUUGAAAAGGUCAACUCCGAGAACAAUGACAUCAUUCCGUAUUUUCAUUUCUACAUUCCUGAAAUCAACCAGCGAAUUGAUAUCAGAUCUGAUUACAUCUGUUGGAUUCAUCAUAUCACAGGGCAAGUUCCAGCUUUGUCAUUCUGUAAUUAUCCUUUCUCCCUGGACUCACAUGCUAAGACUAAACUAUUACAUGUUGAUGCUUUAAUGCAGAUGCAGGCUGCAAUGGAUGAAGUACACAGAAGAAACAUUGAGAGCAUAUUUCUACCUCAGAUAGAUCCUGUUAGUCCAUGUCUUGUUCUUAAUAUACGACGUGAGAACAUUGUACCAAACACACUAGAUCAGAUCAGUAAACAAGGAACCAUUGAUCUAAAAAAGCCACUCAGAGUAUCAUUUGUUGGUGAAGAUGCAGUAGAUGCUGGGGGUGUUAGAAAGGAAUUCUUUAUGUUGAUUCUUCGUGAGAUUUUAAAUCCAAAGUAUGGCAUGUUCCAAUAUUACAAUUCUCGAACUGUCUGGUUUAAUGAUAAGUCUUUUGAAGACAGAACAAUGUAUCACUUAGUAGGCGUUAUAUGUGGAUUAGCUAUCUAUAAUCUAACUAUUAUUGAUCUACAUUUUCCGUUGGUACUUUACAAGAAACUACUUGGAAAAGACGUGAAUUUGGAAGACUUUAAAACACUGGAUUGGCAAGUUGCUGAAAACUUGCAUUAUUUACUGGAGUAUGAAGAUACUGAUGUAGAAGAAACAUUUGAUUUAACAUUUACUAUAGGACGAGAACAUUUUGGACAGUUAGAAACUGUUGAACUAAUACCUGGUGGUAAAGAUAUAUCGGUUACAGCUGAAAAUAAGCAUGAAUAUGUAAAUCGAUAUGUAGAUUAUGUUCUCAAUAAAUCUGCACAUGCUCAGUUUGAAGCGUUCAAUGAUGGAUUUCAUAAAGUCUGUGGUGGGCGUGUUCUAGAGUUAUUCCGUCCCCAGGAACUAAUGGAAAUGGUCAUUGGUAAUCAAAACUAUCAAUGGGAUGAGUUUGAAAAGAAUACAGAGUACAAAGGUAUAUAUUACAGACAACAUAAAACUAUCAUUUACUUCUGGGAAGUCUUUCAUAAUAUGAUA